CGCGCCCCGCGCCCGCGCCCCCCGCGCCCGCGUCCCCGGCGCCGCCGGCCCGGAGCUCCCGGAAGUCUCGGCUGCCGCCGGUACUCGCGAGGGGAAGCCCGGGCCGCCCGGGACCUCGGCCCGCUCCUCCGGUCCCGAGAGGCCGCCGCAUCGGCUGACGCCCCAGAUGCUGCUGCUGCCGCCUCGGCCACCACCCCACCCUCGGUCCUCCUCCCCAGAGGCCAUGGACCCACCGCCCCCCAAGGCUCCCCCUUUCCCCAAGACGGAAGGCCCUCCCUCCACGCCGUCCUCGGCGGCAGGGCCGCGCCCCCCGCGGCUGGGCCGCCACCUGCUCAUCGAUGCCAACGGGGUCCCCUACACGUACACGGUGCAGCUGGAGGAGGAGCCCCGAGGCCCGCCGCAGCGCGAGGCGGCGCCGGGAGAGCCGGGCCCGCGCAAGGGCUACAGCUGCCCAGAGUGUGCACGUGUCUUCGCCAGCCCCCUGCGGCUGCAGAGCCACCGCGUGUCGCACUCGGACCUCAAGCCCUUCACGUGCGGCGCCUGCGGCAAAGCCUUCAAGCGCUCCAGCCACCUGUCGCGGCACCGCGCCACGCACCGCGCCCGGGCAGGCCCGCCGCACACCUGCCCUCUGUGCCCGCGCCGCUUCCAGGACGCCGCCGAGCUGGCGCAGCACGUGCGCCUGCACUGAAUCCCGGACCGUCGGGGCCCCGCGGGCCACACGGCGGACCCCCCACGCGCCCCCGCCUCCCCGCGGCCACUGCCUUACCCGGGGUCUGCGUGUCUCCGUCCGCCCCGGGGACAGACACCAUUCCUUCCUUACCUACCCGCCUAGCUGCGUGAUCCCCUCCCUAGCUCGGCUGUGCUGUGCGAGCCUUUGCCGGUGACACAACCUCUCCGGGCCUCGGUCUUCUCAGUGGCGACCGGGUGUGCGCACGGAAGACUUGACAAAGAGCACGGCACGGUCUGGCUCGUUUCUGUAUCUCCCACUUUCCACUCACCCCUUCUCCCCUUACUCAAUAAACAUUCCGCACUCCA